AUGCUGGACGAAGAUGGAUACAUCACCUUAAAUAUUAAAAAUCGAAAGCCACCUCUCACCUCAGUUGACCCUGCUUCCUCACCUCUGUGGCGUGUGACGGCUUUGAUUCUGCUGGUCUUGUGCAUGGGGUUAGUUGUUGGGCUGGUGGCUCUGGGGAUGAUGUCUGUCAGAGAGCUAAACCACCAACAAGUGGAGAAUAAAAAUGUCUCAGGAACUCUGCACCAAGUAGCAAAGAAGUUCUGUCAAUAUUUAAUAAAACAGUUGGAACAAAAGAACAGUGUCAGCCAUAAAUGCAGCCCAUGUGACAGAAACUGGAGAUAUUAUGGAGAUAGCUGCUAUGGAUUCUUCAGGCACAACUUGACAUGGGAAGAGAGUAAGCAGUUCUGUAUUAACAUGAAUGCUACUUUGCUGAAGAUUGCCAGUCAGAACGUUCUGGAGUACAUGAAGUCCAGGACUGGAUUAAUUCGUUGGGUUGGAUUGUCCCGCAAGAGCUCUAAUGAGGUCUGGAUGUGGGAAGAUGGCUCUGUGCCCUCCAAAAAUGUGUUUGAGCUUUCUGGAAAUGAAAGAGAAAAUAUGAAUUGUGCUUAUUUUCAUGAUGGGAAAAUUUACCCUACCUUCUGUAAGAACAAGCAUUAUCUGAUGUGUGAGAGGAACGCAAGCAUGGUGAAUGUGGACACAUUACUCUAA